AUGGCUGGAAGGAACGAUGUUGCGAUUGCUGCUGCCUUGGAAGCAAUGGCUCAAGCUUUGGAACAUCAGCCGAAUGUUAGUGAGAAUGCUGCUUCUCGCAAUUUGGCUACCUUCCAGAGGGAGAAUCCACCUGUUUUCAAGGGAACUCAUGAUUCUGAUGGUGCAUUGACAUGGCUAAAGGAGAUUGAGAGAAUCUCCCAUGUGAUGGAUUGUAAGGAGAUCACUUGGGUUGUGUUCCGUAGGGAGUUCUUGAGGAAGUACUUUCCCGAGGAUGUCUGUGGAAAGAAGGAAAUCGAAUUUCUUGAGUUGAGGCAAUGGAAAAAGUCGGUGUUGGAGUAUGCUGCUAAGUUUGUAGAGUUGGCUAAAUUUUACCAACACUGUGAUGGACCAACUAGUGAAUUUUCAAAGUGUAUCAAGUUUGAGAAUGGAUUGCGCCCAGAGAUUAUGAAGGCGAUUAGUUACUAG